AGCAGGAAGAAAAAAAAACGAGCCCACCGCUGCCAACACACAGCCGGCCCGAGGUGGUUGGGCAUCGGUUAUUCGUCGAACAGUCUCCUGGCUCUCUGUCGGAGAGUGAAUGCGGUUGAUGCUGUUCUGCUGCACCUGGAAGGACGAACGCAUGGGAGAGGAGGAAGCUGGAGGAAGUUUGCCCGUGUGUGCAGGGUGCAAACAAAGGAUCUACGAUGAGCAGUAUCUUCAGGCUCUCAACACUGACUGGCACACCGUCUGCUUCAGAUGCUGUGAGUGCAGCAGCUCGCUGUCCCACUGGUACUAUGAAAAAGAUGGACGGCUCUUCUGCAAAAAUGACUACUGGGCCAAGUUCGGGGAGCUGUGCCACGGCUGCAACGACCUUAUCACCACUGGCCUCAUUAUGGUCGCAGGGGAGCAAAAGUAUCACCCCGAAUGCUUCACCUGUCUCAAUUGCAGGACGUUCAUCGGUGAUGGUGACACAUACGCUCUGGUGGAGCGAUCCAAACUCUACUGUGGUCACUGUUACUACGAGACCAUCGUCACUCCCGUGUCGCUGCCGGACUCACCAUGCUCACAGAUCCCUCACACGGUCACGCUGGUGUCGAUCCCCGCCUCCGCCGAGGGCGCCAACGGUCGCCGGGGAAGGGGCUUCUCAGUGGCUAUCGACCAGUCGCACAGCCCGAAUGAAGACUGCAGUCCGGAACUCGGACGCACCGUCAGGGUCUCUCAGGUGGAUACUGACUGCAUUAGUCCAGAUGUGAAAAAUUCCAUCCAUGUGGGAGACAGGAUCCUCGAAAUCAAUGGGACGCCAAUCCACAAUGUUCCUCUGGAUGAGAUCGACCUGCUCAUUCAGGAGACGAGUCGUUUGCUCCAGCUCACCAUCGAGCACGACCCUCACAGUCGGGUGCAAGAGGGGAGCUCUUCAGAGCAGGUGGAUGGCCCGUUGUCCCCUCCGCUUCCUGCGCUGCCCAGCCCCAUCUUGCCCAUCCUGCCGAUCACCCAAUCUCCAAUCCCUGACGUGAGCAACCUGAAAUCACGCCUUGUCACGCGGAGCUACAGCAUUGAUAAGUCGCCAGGCUCCAGCAAAGCUGCGUCCCCCGUGUCGCCGAAGAAAGACAUCAACCGCUCGGAGUCACUUCGAGUCGUCUCCAACCGGACGCACCGCAUCUUCCGUCCAUCUGACCUCAUCCACGGAGAAGUGCUUGGGAAGGGCUGCUUCGGACAGGCCAUCAAGGUGACCCACAGGGAGACCGGAGAGGUGAUGGUCAUGAAAGAGCUGAUUCGCUUCGAUGAUGAAACGCAAAGAACAUUCCUGAAAGAGGUGAAGGUCAUGCGUUGCUUGGAUCACCCCAAUGUGCUUAAAUUCAUUGGCGUCCUCUACAAAGACAAGCGACUGAACUUCAUCGCAGAGUAUAUCAAGGGCGGCACCUUGAGGGAAAUCAUCAAGAAAAUGGAUAGCAACUACCCUUGGAACCAGAGGGUCGGUUUUGCCAAGGACAUCACCGCUGGGAUGUCAUAUCUGCAUUCCAUGAACAUCAUCCAUCGAGACCUGAACUCUCACAACUGUCUUGUCCGGGAGAACAAUACAGUGGUGGUGGCAGACUUUGGAUUGGCGCGCCUCAUGGUGGACGAUAAACACGAAGAGAAGUUUUCGCAGGGGAAACUGUCGGGUCUGAAGAGACCCGAUCGGAGGAAGAGGUACACGGUGGUGGGGAACCCUUACUGGAUGGCUCCCGAAAUGAUCCAUGGAAAGAGUUACGAUGAAAGGGUGGACAUCUUCUCAUUCGGUAUUAUGCUCUGCGAGAUCAUCGGCAGGGUCAAUGCUGACCCAGACUACCUCCCCAGGGCGGUGGACUUUGGACUGAAUGUGUCGGGCUUCCUAGAGCACUACUGUCCCCCCGAUUGUCCCACGGCCUUCUUCCCCAUUGCCGCUGUGUGCUGUGACCUUGAUGCUGAUAAACGCCCGGCUUUCUCCAAACUGGAGGGAUGGUUGGAGAACCUGAAGAUGCACUUGGACAUGGGCCUGCCACUCGUGUCUGAAACGGAACAGCUGCACAAGGCCUUCUGGGAGAAAAACAACAUCACUCGGGCCGAAAACGGCCUGCACGUUCACCCCGAACAGCAGGAAUAAGACUGGACUGGACAGGAGGAAGGGUCCAAGUGACCCAAUCAUGCAAUGUAACUCUCUCUAUGCCCCCCCCGAGCGGAUGCAAAACAUGCGGCUUGGCUCAGGCCUAGCAAGUAGACUCAGGAGGACGAACGUGCAUCGGAAAAGCCACUUUUUUCAAAUGGAGUGCACAUAGUCUUAUGUCCAGUCUCGAGACUGUCACUCUUGACAGCUGGAUUCUCUGCUGCACAUGAUGCUUAAGUUAGAGCAUGACGUACGCCAUCAGCAUCCACAUUCAGAUCAGUAUGCCACUCCCGUAUAAGGUAGAUUUUACCUUUGCCGUUACUCCAUAAUAUAUUUAUGUGGCUGAAACAGCUAAACGAUAAGUCAUAGAACAGGUUCUGUUUGGAACUCGAUAGAAAAUAUUGUGCACCUGUUUUGCAAGUGCUACCGUGACUUAGCAGAGUGUCCCGGUUGUCACAAAACGUGUACGAAUCGAGCUGCAUUUCACAUGUUCUCUGUCGUCGACUAGAGAGUGCAAGCCGAAACAUUUUGGUUUCAUUCUUACUCAUCAUGUCCCAAAACUGUUAACGCUCAUUGUGUAGCACUGAUUCAACUGUGAGGUGGUCGCGCACGCACACACACACACACACACACACACACACACACACACGGUUGUGGCGAAAUUGUGUUUAUAGUCUUUCGCAUCUCCUCCUCACGGCUAACGUGGCAUCUUCAAUAUUCCAAUGUGCACUAGUGUACAUAGGUGGCGACAUUGUAAAUGUGUUAAAUAUUGUAAAUGUAAAGACAUAUUUUCUAUACGUAUUUGCAUCAUUGCUCUAUUUUUAUUGGCUGGCUUGACUCAAAACUACGGAGAUUGAACGGUUUUGACUGGAGUUUAUGGGGAUCACCAUUUGAUAGAUCAUUAGUUGUUCCUGCAUCUCCCUCCAUUUGAUCUCAUGCGGUGCUAAUUGUGUAAUCCGUUUUCUGUUUCGACAGUUCCGUGCAUUGAAGCUUUUUACCUUCCUAUUUGGAAGUGGAUUAAAACACUUUUCAAAUUCUGAAACGCUAAAGUAGCCAUGUAGGCCGAUACGGUUGACGGUAUAUCUUCGUAUUGUUCAUCUUAAUAGUACCACAUCCUGGCUUCCUGUGUACACCUGCUGUAUGUUUACAUGUCCAAUCUGUCUGUAGAUAUCACUUUAUACCGCGUGUCUUUUUUUCAUCCGUCUGUCUGUGUCCAUGGCCGAAAUGUAUACAUUGGCACCGCCUUGGAAAUGAUUGUUUCCACAAAAUGUCUCACUUGCACCUUUUCAAAUCUCUUGGCUGUAAACUAAAAAAAAA